AUGGCAACGCAUCACGAAUCGCCAGCCGCCGCGCUCAACGGUCAUCUGCAAUCGCCGCCCAUGACGCCUACUCCUAAUACACAUAGCCGCUUCCCUCCCCCAACAUACAAGACCUCUCCAGUACACAGGCGCAUGGGCAACUUCGUCCAGACACCUCCGCUGGAGUACAUCGAACCGACCGGAGAAGAUCAUCACUUCAGCUUCACUCGCCCGCAAUCAUGCGAGCCAUCUUCUCGUCUAUCGUCAGAUUCCGACCGUGCUUACGGGGCAACAACUCGCGAGGGAUCUGACACUGAGAGCGAAUCUGAAGAGGAGAAUGAGUCGGAUGAAGAAUGUGAACAAGAAGAGGAAAGGCCAAUGCGUCGGGUAGAGAGAGCUCAGUUCGUACUCGAAGAACUGGACAGCGAUCCAGGCUACGACUGUGACGUAGAGGUUGUGCGACCGGAUCAUUGCGAAGACGCAAAGAGCGAUAGGAGCGGCACAAAAGCAGAAAUAUUUGCCAGAAUGAACGAGUUGCAACUCGAAGAAGAUACUUCAGAUGACGAGGAAAGGGAGCGCAUAUAUCUGAAGAAGAAGAAACGAUGGAGUGCAGGCAUCUUCAAGCGCAGCCACAGCCAAAGCGUCGAAGGAGAUAGCAGCUACUCCGAUAACGACCCUCUCGAUGAUAUGGACCAAAACUCCCGCCGACUGCGACGCCGCGUCCGAGGGCCUAGAAGAGGCUCACUCAUCUUCGAGGAUCGGGGUGUCUCAAACACCAAUAACAUCCUAGAGGUCGAAGAACCUGACGAAGGAACGGUGCCACACUGGAAGGGACCGCCGUCCAUUCCCAGUGAUGACGCCUUUACGCUUGAUGAGCUCCCGUUUUGGAAGGAGCAGAACAUGAUGGAUAUCGAGUUCGAAUCCGAAUAA